CAUGGCUUCCUGUCUGACAGUAAAACACCCGAUAGGCCAGAGCAAGGGGCAGUGCUAUCACCCGAUAGGCUGUAACCAGGCAACCAGGUGAGGAGGAGGAGAGAAGAGAUGAAGAGGAGAAGUAAGAAGGAGGAGGAACAGAGAACAGACAGAGGAGGAGGAGCAGUGACAGGAAGCGAUGGAGCGCAGCGUCAUCCGACUGAAUCACUGUCAGAAGGAGAUCUUCUGUUUCUCCGUUCCAAAGGAGUGUCCAAGCUGUGGGGAGGAGCUGAAGGGGAGCAGGCUGCAGGAGGCGCCCAUCAGCGUCCCCUCCCCCUUCACCAAUGGACACAAGAGCUCCUGCUGCCUGCUGGUCGCCCCUGCACGGGACAACCACGACAGAGACUUUGACGGGACGUCCGAUCUGCACACCGGCAUCUCUGACACUAAAGGAGUUGUGUACAACUACACUCAGGAUGGCGUGCAACGGGACCAAAGCGGAUGGGAAUGCUGCAUCAGUGUCCCGCUGGUCCGACCUGAUAUGUUCCACCUGCUGGAUCAGUGGGACCAGUACCUGGAGCGUUUCUCUGAUGGACCCAUGUGGGAUCCUGUGUGGCACAAGUUCCACGAGGACGACCACAACUGCUUCAGCUUCUGUCUUCACUUCCUGAACAGCGUCCUGGAGGCAGAGGGACGCAGCCCUCUGAGCAGAGAAGACUUCACUCACUGCUUCAUCCUGCCCAAGAUGAGGAGGGUGUCCAAAUACACCACGCUGUACCAGCACAUCCAGAAACACCAGUAUUAUGUGGUGGACAGACAGGAGGACACCACGCCCACCAGUUAAACCAACUUAAUCAGGAUGUCAUUACCCCCAAAAUACCAAAAUUCUAAAUUUAAAUGUAACACUUAAAGAAACACUGCAGAUAUAAAGCAAAUAUCUAAAAACACAAACAUCACCAUAAUGGAGAGGACCUCUGACCCGGGGGUUUCGGUGGGUUUGGUCUGUUCUGGUGUUUCAGAGAAUAUUUAUUAUUCAUUUAAUUGUCUGACAUUGUGAAUAAGUGAAACUGAUUUCAUGUUCUGUUUUUGUUUGAGUCUUUGGUCCUUCCUAACUUUGUUUUGUAUUGUUUUAUUUAU